AAGUGCAUCAUCAAAUUUCGAAACAUUAACGGUUGAUGUAGCAAAAGAUCGGAACAAUCAAAACCACUGCAUAUGUUCUUCCUUACUUCAAAAGUAAUUAGUGAAAAGAAAAAACUAAUAAAGUGCCAUCCAAAUUGCAAUAGAAAAAAAGCUGAAUCAGUGGAAAACAGUAAAGCACACACCAACACUUGCACAAAUUGAUUGAGUAGUUCCCAUCUAAGGCAAAAACCCUAGUGGUUUACCUAAUCCUUGAAAGUAAUCGCUUUUCUCUCUUAAUUGAAACCCAAAUGGAGGAUGAAUCUAAUCCCACCCUCCAUGUUGGGACUACUGCAUUUCCACUUCCCCAAAAAGGCAGGAGGGAAGACGGGGUUGAGCAAGAGAAUCAAGGAAGUCCAAAAAGGCAGAAGAGAGAUGAGGUUGCUGAGGAGCUCAAGAAUGAGUUUCAGGAGAAUAUCAAUAUCUAUGAAGGUGAUAACUCUGAAGAAAGAUAUGAAGAAACAGAAGAGAAAACGAUGGAAGUUUUGAUGGACACCACAUUAGAUGCUCAAGAAUGUGACUCAAAAAAUGUGGAAAAUGAUUCUUCUAGUGAUAGUUCAGAUGACAACAACCAUGAUGACGAUAACUCUGAUUUUAUUNACGAGCCACAUAUGACUACAAAUCCUGUGAAAAGUUCAGAGAACAGUGAGGAAGAAAUUGAGGAAAAUGCCUCUAAAACUCCGCAAGUAAAUCUUGAAAUGCUAACUACUUUGAAAGAACGAAGUGCUGGAUCAAAGACAAUUUAUACUAAGAACUUAUCAUAUAGUGUGGAACGUGCUGAUCUGGAAGAUCUUUUCAAAGAGUGUGGAGAAAUUGUUGAUGUUCGUCUACAUACGGAUGAUGAAGGGAGGUUUAGAGGCUUUGGUCAUGUUGAGUUUGCGACACAAGAAGCAGCGCUAAAAGCACUUAAGUUAAAUAAUACAGAAUUAUUGAGAUGUCGCAUCAGAGUUGGUGUAGCUCGAGAAAGGCAAAAAUAUACCCCCAACAGAAGUUUUCAUGUUAAUUAUUUUAGCAACAAAUAUCACGGUAGUGAAAGAAUUCAGCCGGUGAAAUGUUCAGAGAUUUCAGAAGAUUGUGAGCAAGAAACUGAGGAAAAAGACUCCAAAGCUGUUCAGACAAUUCCAAAAGAUCAAGCUACUUGGAAGGAACAAAAAGCUACUUCGAAGACAAUAUAUGCUAGAAAUUUGUCUUAUAGUGUGGAGAGGGAUGAUAUGGAAAUUCUUUUCAAAGAGUGUGGAGAAAUUGUUGAUAUUCGUCUACAAAGAGAUCAUAAAGGGAGGUCAAGAGGCUUUGGGCAUGUUCAGUUUGCAACUACAGAAGCUGCACAAAAGGCUCUUGGGUUGGAUAAUAAAAAAUGGUACGGACGAUGCAUCAGUGUUGGCAUAGCUCAAGAAAGGAGUGAAUAUGCCUCCAAUAGAAGUUUUAGCAACUGGAGCAAUUCAUUCAAUAAGCGCGAAAGAAUCGAUCCCAUCAAAAGGACAUGGAGUUUGGAGUCCCGUGAGGAAGAUAUUGAGGGAAAAGCCGUAAAAGAUCCUUGGAAAACUUCUAGAUUGUUGGCUACUCUGAAAGAAGAAAAUGCUUCAUCAAAGACAAUAUAUGUCAAAAACUUGUCAUUCAGAGUGGAAAAGGCUGAUUUGGAAAAUUUUUUCAAAGAAUGUGGAGAAAUCGUCGAAGUUAGGCUACACAGAGAUAAUGAGGGGAGGUUAAAAGGCUUUGGACAUAUUACGUUUGCAACAGCAGAAGCUGCACUAAAAGCUCUUGAGUUGGAUAAUACAGAGCUGUUGAGACGUUGCAUUGUAAUUCAAAUAGCUCGAGGAAAGGGUGAACGUACCUGGAAUAGAAGCAACUCAUUCCAAAAGCAUGAGAGAUUUCAGCCCAUGAAGGCUACAGAGCAUUUAGAGGACUGUAAGGAAGAAAUUGAGGAAAAAGCUCGUGAAAGUCCUCAUGAAAGUGCAAAAUGUGAUUCUGAAAUUGAGAAUACAACUUACACUCGCGGGGAAUGGCAAGAUCAAAUGCUGAUAGCUUGGCUUCAACCUUCAGUCUAUCUCUUUUACCUCAAUUUAUUGGCUGCAUGCACCUUUGGAAGCAUUUGUAGAAGAACCAUAAUUACUUUCAAGCUCACAGAAGCUAAAUCUCAUUUUUCCGAACUGAAUUAAGGAACAUGGAGAAAGUCGAAGUGGAAUUUGCGACAUACCUCUUGCACCGAAGAAUAAAUAUCUCAAGCAUGGGAUUAUAUAUUUGUGAGUAGUCUAGUAGGAAUUUGAUUAGAAUAUGCUUUGAAUAGCUUUGAUACCAUCUCAAUGAGUUUAUGCUUAACUCAACCUAACAAAACUGGUUUGUAAGAUAAAGUUUGCAGUCCACUUAUAUAUUAUAAUUUGGUCUAAUUUCUAAUUAAUGUGAGAUCUCUGACAGGAAGUAUGAGAUACUCAAUGGAGUAUUUAAGUGUUUAGUUCUCCCUCCUUAACAACUAGGUUUCAAGGGUGAGUUUCCUAAGUGCUUGUCAAUUGAUGUCAAUGUAUCAGAAAGGGACGGAGGGUUUUAGCCAAUGUAGAAGUUGAGUAAUGGAGAGUGAGCUAGUAUACCUCAGCUCUUACAGCCAAUGCUAUUAUAGGACUUGGGUAUUGUUCUUAUCGGACGCCGGGUAAGUACAUGUAUUAAAAGGUUAAAUUCCUAAAACACACAGUAGAAGACAACCACAAAAGUUAUCUUUCGUGCAUGCUUGUGUUGGUGUCGUAACUUAAGAUCCUCUUGUGUUUGCACGUUCUGUUUGGUCCAAUAACUGUUAUCUUUUGUUGUGAUAAUUUCUGUUUCAAUUUUCUAUUUUAUAUUAGAAAAGAGAAAGAAAUAUUUUAUUUCUUUUAUAUAUUUUAAAUGAUACAUAAUAUAUAGACAUUAGUGGAAAAUUUGUUGAAGAUUGUAUGCCUUGUUUCUUUUAUUUCAGACUUUAUUGUUUUGUUAUCUUUUUUAACUUUACAUUUAAUAUCAGAUUGUAUCAUCCCUUCAAUCAAGGGAUUCUACUAUUUUUCCUCGAGCAUUCAUCAUACCUUGUUAUCAUUACAAAAUUAAGAAUCAUAUCUUU